CCGCCCAGGGACGCGGCCCCGGGGUCCCCGCCCCACCCGCGCGAGCGCCUCGCCCCGCUCCUGCCGCCCGCGUCGAGGGCUCACUGACAGCCACCAUGAGCGAGACCUUCGACUGUGCAAAAUGCAGCGAGUCGCUGUAUGGCCGCAAAUACAUCCAGACAGAUGACGGCCCCUACUGUGUGCCCUGCUAUGACAACACCUUCGCCAACACCUGCGCUGAGUGCCAGCAGCUUAUUGGGCAUGACUCGAGGGAGCUGUUCUACGAAGACCGCCACUUCCACGAGGGCUGCUUCCGCUGCUGCCGCUGCCAGCGCUCCCUAGCCGAUGAGCCCUUCACCUGCCAGGACAGCGAGCUGCUCUGCAAUGACUGUUACUGCAGUGCCUUCUCCUCGCAGUGCUCCGCCUGUGGGGAGACCGUCAUGCCUGGGUCCCGGAAGCUGGAGUAUGGAGGCCAGACGUGGCACGAGCACUGCUUCCUGUGCAGCGGCUGUGAGCAGCCGCUGGGGUCCCGUUCCUUUGUGCCCGACAAGGGCGCUCACUACUGCGUGCCCUGCUAUGAGAACAAGUUUGCUCCUCGCUGCGCCCGCUGCAGCAAGACGCUGACACAGGGUGGUGUGACAUACCGUGACCAGCCCUGGCAUCGAGAAUGCCUGGUCUGCACUGGGUGCCAGACACCCCUGGCAGGGCAGCAGUUCACCUCCCGGGAUGAUGAUCCCUACUGCGUGGCCUGUUUUGGAGAACUCUUUGCACCCAAGUGCAGCAGCUGCAAGCGCCCCAUCACAGGACUCGGCGGAGGCAAGUAUGUGUCCUUUGAAGACCGCCACUGGCACCACAGCUGCUUCUCCUGCGCCCGCUGCUCCACCUCUCUGGUGGGCCAGGGCUUCGUGCCCGACGGAGACCAAGUGCUAUGCCAGGGCUGCAGCCAGGCGGGGCCCUGAGUCUGGGCCCCAGGCCCUCCCAAACCAGGGCUCCAGGACUAAGGCUCCUUUUCCAAACCAUCUCUGGGAUCCAGCCCCUCCCCAAAUUGGGGCUCCCCCUGGGCUCCAGGAUUCAGCCUCCCUACUCCAACAUCCCCCAAACUGGUACUCCCUGACCCAGGGCCCCCAAACCUGGGCUCCUCUGGAGCCUCUGUGAUUCAAAUCCCCUCCCCAAGCCUGGACUCCAGGACUCAGCCCUCUCCUCUACAGUCUGGGUUCCCAGACCAAACCCCCUCCCCAAAUCAGGGCUCUAGACCCCCAGCCCUCCAAACCUGGACUCUGGGACCCAGGCCCCCUUCAAUCUAGACUUCUCUCCCAAGACUGUAGGUCUCCUAUGGGUGCCUGAGCAGUCCUGCAAGGUGGACUAUCCUCAGGCUUGACCCUCCCCACCCCAUCCCACCUCUGUCCCCAGGGCUGGGGCUGUCUGGGCAGCAGAAUGGGUUCACUGGUUAGGGGGCCCUAGGGUACAGGGUUUUGCCCAGCCCGUGUCCUAUGAGUGUUUUCUGAUUUCAUUUCAGUUUCAUCUUGCCCGGAGAUGGGCAGAGGGGUGGGAUCGGCUCACCCCCUUCCAGAUUCUGCAAUAAAGCAGUGUGAGGAAGUGAA